GAGCCGGGGGGCGCAGCAUGGCCGACGUGAUGGUCUACAGCAAGGAGGGCCUCAGCCGCCUGGGCUGGACACGGGUCCGCCGGGCCCGCUCCCCGCUGGGCGUGGGCCGCCGGGCUCGGCGGCGUGCCCGCUCCUUGACCGUUGGGAGCCAGCGGCGGCUGCGGCUGCGGCUGCAGCAGGCCGAGGCGGCCGGCGUGGCCUGGCUCGACGAGGAGGACGCGGCGGAGGCCGUGGUGGUGGGAGCCGAGUGGAGCGCCCGGGAGAAGAAGGCGCGGAAGAAGAAGGCGCGGCGGCGGGAACGCGCCGAGCGCGAGCGGCGGGAGCGCGAGGAGGAGCAGCAUUGCGAGGAGCGCGAGUGGAGCCAGCUGCGGCAGCUGCGCGAGCCGCCGACCAGGCGCGUGCGCGACGGGGACGCGGAGGAGCGCGCGGCCCCCGAGCCCAGGCCUGGGGCUGGCGGCGAGUCCGAAGGGCCUGAGGAGCCGCCUCGGGCCCCGGGCCAGGGCAAGCCGUUCCUGGUGCGGGCCAAGGCGGGCCUCCUGAUGCUGCUGAGCCACGCGCAGUCUUUGACCUUCACUGGGAAGUGUCGGAUGACCUGUCUUUAUGGCCGAGUGCAGGUAUUUGGUUUUAUCAUCAGCCAGGGCCAGCCAGCCUAUGACCUUUAUUCUCCCCACACCAUCUGUGCCCUAACUAUUGAAGCAAUUAACUAUGUGAUGCCAGAGAAAACCCUAAAGGAUAUGAAGCUGGAAGUCCGGUCUUUGAUCAGAGAUCAUCUUUCUUCAGCUAACGCGUUUCAUGUGAUAAAACAGUUUUCUCCUAUGUGUUCCAUUGUCCUGCUAGAAAGUCUGGAGACUCCUGCUACAGACUUCAUCCUGAGCUACCCAGCUUUUUCUCACCUUUUCUCAGGAAAGAAACAGGAGCUGUCCUCGUCCUUUAAUCUCGAGCAGUUAACCAUGUCUUCUGUUGGCAUUAAGAAAUGUGAGGAAGAAAGUGGCUUUCACUUGUCUGAGAGUAGCAUUGCAGCCAUAGAAGAGUUAAUCACUGCUUGUUGUGAGGAAAUUGAUGGUUGCCCUAUCAUCAUGGCUUGUGGACCAAAGUGUAUUGGCAAGUCCACCUUUAAUCGAUAUCUGAUUAAUCAGCUGCUGAACAGUAUUCCCUGCGUUGACUUUUUGGAUUGUGACCUAGGACAGACAGAAUUCACGCCUCCUGGUUGUGUUUCUUUGUCUAAUGUUACAGACCCCAUUUUUGGGCCACCGUUCACUCAUCAAAGGAAAACUCGAAAAAUGGUCUUUUAUGGUGAUUCUUCUUGUGAAGAUGACUGUAAGAAAUACACUGAGAUUGUGAAGUACGUGUUCAGUGCCUAUCAGAGAGAAGCGCCUCUCGUCAUCAAUACGAUGGGCUGGGUGAAAGGUGAUGGACUCUUGCUCCUCAUUGACCUGAUUCGAAUGCUGGCCCCUACUCAUAUUGUUCAGUUCAGUUCUGAACAGUGUCAGGAUAUGCCCCUGCUUACCCCAGAGUACACUGCAGGGAUGGCCGGUCUGCAGACAAAAGGCAAGACCAAAGGGAAAAACAGGCAUUUGGAGAGCACUGAAUCAGAGAGUUCAGGGGAUCCAGACGAAGGGAGCCAGCCCCACUCAGCGGGACACAAACUGCUGCUUGUGCAGUCUGAGUUUUCUGGUGCUGGCGUUGCACAGCUAACGCAAUGGCAUAGCCCUGUUCUUCGUGAUAUGGCCUUGUUAGGUUACCUUGCCCUGCUACAGCCACCAGAGGCAAAACCAUUUCUUCCACUACACCAUCUAGUCCCCUUUCAGAUCCCUUUUGGUUCUGUCGCUCUCCGGGUUAUUCACACUGACGUUGCACCUACCCACACCAUGUAUACAGUGAAUGCCAGCUGGAUUGGUCUUUGUAGGAUACUAGAGGACGUCAAACAGAAAACCGACGGGCCAAUUUUUCUUACAGACAAUCCGGUCUGUGAUUGUAUGGGGUUUGGAAUUAUCCGAGGCAUCAGCAUGGUGAAAAAAGUGUACUACGUUCUGACUCCUCUGUCCCAUGAAAAGCUGAGAAACGUGAACUGUCUGAUGAUUGGAAAUAUUACUAUUCCUCAUUGCGUCUUCAAGACCCAGCCCAAGAUUGAGGGGGAGAUCCCUUACGUUACUUCUGAGUACAAUUUUUCUAUAUGGGGAUCAGGAAAACUCAGAGUCAGGAAGCUCCUUCAAAGAAGAGAAUACCUUUAAUCACCAAUGAACUUUUCACUGAAGAAUUAGCACGGUUUUAAUGAGGGAGGGGGCUGCAAAAACUUGACUUGACGCAGUUUCUCUCGCAAUGCCAGCAGCGUCUGAUGGAAUGAUGUGAACAAUUCUUCAGCCAAAAUAUUGUUAAUAGUUUACAAACAUUUUUGUAUUAAAAUAUUUUCUGAAAUUUCUUCUCAAUUACAUGUGAUCUGAAGUGUAAAGAGCAUCCCCAGGCACAUCCAGGGAGACAGACACUGUGGGAAGUUGGGAGACCUCGGUCUGGUCUGAGCUCUGCCCUGCAGAAGGGCGGGGCUGCACCGGACUGUCUGAAGGUGACGACCUUGCAGCUCAUUGUCUUACAGUGAUGGCUUUUAUUUCUGUGGCACUUUGAAGUUUGCACAAUAUUCUCCUUCCUACCACCCUGUGAUCGAAAUCGCAUCUGGAAUGUUAUCUCUAUUUUGUAGUUGAGGAAACAGUCUUAAGGCUGAGCGGCUUGCAGAUGGUCUCAGAGCUGGCCAGCCAGCAUCUAAAAAACCUGGUCUCACUGCUUACUCCUUGCUCAGUAUUCUUAGCCCAUCCUGCCUCCUCAUACAAUUCCUUAUUCAGUGGGCUCCUUAAGUGAGUUAGUCCAUGGAAUAAUGACCAAACAUAGGAGAUUGGGGCCAGUAGAGAAGGAAGAAAAGUGACUUGAGUCACACAUCAGGAAAUCCUGGGGUUCCUUCGGCGUGAAGAUAGACCCCUACCAUCUUGUGUAAUGUGAUGGUUCAUAUGUACUAGGUACCCAUAUUGGGUCUCACUGCUCAUAUUCUGGAUUGUCCCUGACUGCAUUGUAUUUAAUUCCUGUUGUCCUUUAUUUAAGUUGAAGCAGAUAGUCAACCAUUACUAAAGAUUUCAGGAAUCCUCAGCGAUGGCUUGUCCCACUGCCGUUACAGAGCACAACCUUGCUUUGGUAAAUCGAUGGUAGUCGUGAGUUACUGUAGCCCAACACCUUGUCAUCCUGCAAGAUAGGCUCUCCAAAAUCAGCUGGUGUUUCUAUGGCAGCCAGACAGGAUGUACUUUGGGCCCAUUUUAUAGGGCCUGUGUGAUGUUGUGGUCCACUGUCACAGUGUUGGAGACCAGAGGCAUCCCUUGCUGCAUUGAGGCAUCGGAAUUAGGAUUUCCAUGGAAGAAAUUUGUUCUCUUGGUAUGGGUUUUUUAAAAAGUCCAUGGCUGAUCUAGUAUAACCUCUGAAUAAAUGUAAUUAAUAUUUUUUUAUGCUUUAGCAGAAAUAGAUGGAAUAAAUUGUCUCCCAAUAUUUUUUUGUAAUUCUGUAGUUUGAUGCUUGUUGGAAUCAAGUCCAAAUCCUGAAAACUUCCAUGUAUCUAUAAAUACUUAUUUUGCAGAUGAUAGAAUUAUUUACUUUAAAAACCCUAAAGAGUCAACCAUAUAUUGAAUGAAACAGUUAAGUGAAGUUGCAAGAUGUGAAACAAAUCCACAUGAAUCAUCAAUUCAUAUGAAACAAAUGCCUGUAUGUAUUCCUGUAUAUUUACCAACAGAACCCAGCAAGAGCACGUUGUAAAUAACUAGAAACUAUAAAAUGUUUGGUAGUCUAUCUACCAACGUACAUCUAGAAAUUCCAUGAAUUUGACCAUAAAAAACUUUUUGCAGAAAUCAGACAAACCUAAAUAAUUGGAGAAAUGUGACUUGCUCGUGGGUAGGUCCAGCCAUUAUAAAAAUGAUACUACUACAUAAAUUAAUUUCCUAAUCUAAUGCUGUACUAAUUGAAAUACAAGAAGAAUAUUUUAUAGAGCUAGGGAAAAAAAUAAACUUCUUGUGGAGGAACGGAAGGCUAAGAAUAUCAAAGGUAAUGAUGAGAUGGAAAGGAAGGAUGCCUCCCAGUGCAAGAUCUGAAAGUGUCCUGCGAAACAAUCAUCAUGAAAAUAAUUUGGUCCUGGUUGAAAAAUAGGGUGGUCACUGAAACAGAUUAGGUGCACAGUGCCCAGAUGCAAACGGCAGUAGCAUAAUAUUGACUAAUCCAGAGACUGGUUUACCGUGAGUGCUCGCCACUUGACAAAACCUGGGAAACCAAAGAGCAGCAUGCAUAGUCCAUACCGUAGUACUGUACACCGUGUGCCCCAUGUGAUCCAUGGCCUAGAUUUAGAGAUCACGUAAGAAGAGCAAGGGAGAAAUUAGAUGCUGGACGUGCAGAUGGAGGAAGAAUCCUAAACAAGGGACCGAGGGGGUCACAGAAGAU